GAAAUGCGCGACUCCGAAUUAUCGUUUCAUUUGUUGUAUGGCUCGUCGAGAGCACUGUUGUGAAAUUCAAAAAUGGCCAGCGGUAGUGAUUGGAUUAAUGGAGAGCUUUUGCAGCAGCUCUUAAAAGCCGAGCAUGCUUCCAGUGAGAAUCAGAGCUUGGAAAUACUUAAAUAUAGUGUUUGUGCAGCCACGAAAAAAGGUGACAAUUAUGCUAGUGAAAUGUUUAGAGCUACCAUAGAGUAUGUGAUGGAUAAUGAGCAAAGAAAGUGCACUCGAAUUCUGAAGGUCAUACCAUCUGGAGACAUUCAACGAAUUGUGAUGGAGAAGAAUAACAUUUUUCCAAGGGAGAUUGCUGUUUACAAAGAUAUUCUGCCCAGGAUUCACCGGUUAUUGAAGAGUAUAGGGGAUCUAACGGUGAUCUCUCCAAAGUGCACAUUGACAACGGAUCAUCCAAAAGUCAUGCUGGUAUUUGAAGAUUUAAAGGAAAAUGCAUACCAAAUGGUAGAUCGAAAGCGUGGUUUGGACAAAGAUCAAACCAUAUUGGUUCUAAGAAAAUUAGCGAAAUUACAUGCUUGCUCUGCGGUCGUGCACAAGGAGUACCCUGAAAUAAUGGAACCCGUCCUCGAGGGUGCAAUCAGUACUAAUCCGAAUCGGCAAGAUUUUCUAGUUUUCUAUAAGAUGUGUGCCCGGCAGGUGGUGAAGCUUGUUGACGGCUGGAAGGAAACGAAAUUUGAACCCAUUCUGGAGAAACUUCGUAAUCUGCCUGAAACCACGAUCGCCAAAGGAUGCCAAGUCUACACGCGGGAUGACUCGGUUUUCAACGUUUUGAACCACGAUGACGUGUGGACUAGCAAUAUGAUGUUCAAAUACACAGACGGUAUUGCUGAUGAUGUUCUACUGCUUGACUACCAGUUGGCAUACUUUGGAUCUCCUGGAGUGGACCUGAACUAUUUUCUGUAUGGGUCAGUUGAGCCAGAGCUUCGAAAACGUUGUUGGUUAGAGUUUAUAAGAGAGUACUACGACAUUCUCAAGGACACAUUACAGAAGCUAAGGUUCGAAGGUCCCAUCCCAUCCCUCCAAGAAAUUCACGUCGAAAUUAUGCGAACAGGAUAUCACAGUACCAAUGCGGUGUUCUGCUUGCUGCCGCUGGCAAUGAUGGAAAACACGGAGAAUGCCGAAAUGGACGUGUUUCUGCAGGACAGUGAUGCCGGAGAGGCGUUCCGCCAGCAAAUAUUUUCCAAUCCGAGGUAUGAGCCAAUUCUUAAGGAGGCACUGAUUGAAUUUGAUCUUCUGGGCUAUCUCGACGGGCUUACUUAUCAGUCGCAUUGUACACCCCAGUGUGUGAGCGCGGGCCUUCAACCGCUUCAACCACGUUUUGCUAUGACGGAACAUUGCGAAAUUGAGCGAACCUCCAACGUGUGGAGGAAUGCCGCCUUUUAUGUGGAUGUCGUUGGUGUGGAUUUAAAUCUUCCCGUAGAUGCGUGCCGAAUUUUGGAUGUUCAGAUUGCGAAUGCUACCUCGAAGACGGCCGGUUACAUGUCGCUAAUGCAUCGGGUGACAGUCCGCGUCGAGUUCCGUGGCGAUGGGCAACAACGAGACUUGACCUAUAUCGUGAAGGAGAAGUCGGACCAGGUUUUCGGACGCGAAAUGGUGGACGGUAUGUUUGCUUUCCCUAAGGAGAUUGAAGUUUACAGCACGUUUUUACCGGCUUUCGAGCGGUUGUGGAAAACCGAUGCAGUGAAACUCGGACCGCGAAUGUUUAAAGCUGUGACCUCAUCCGAUACUGUUCUUAUAUUGGAAGAUUUGAAACCUUUGGGUUUCUGCAUGAAAGAUUGCAGCAAAGGAUUGAAUCUGAUGGACUGUGAGAGAGUGCUGGAGAAGUUGGCAAAAUUCCACGCGGCUUCCGUUGUAUACUAUGAGAAGAACGGUUCGUACUCAGAACAGUUUAACGAUGGGAUAUUCUCUGAUAGAUUAGUUCCACAAUUCGAAGAGUAUUACACUCCGUUGUUUAACUCGUAUUCACAAUCGUUGGAAGAUCUCGGUUAUCCGGCAUAUAUACUAGACGCGCUGCGUCCGUGGAAGGGGAAGGCUUAUUCGACGCUCAGUAGAUUAUAUCAGACGGAUUACACAAAAUUCAAUGUUCUCAAUCAUGGUGAUGUUUGGAUCAACAAUCUUCAGUUCAGCGAAAAUGAGUUACUAUUGGUCGACUUUCAGGUUGCAUUCUACGGGUCGCCAUCCUUUGAUUUAAUCUAUUUCAUCAUAACCUCGGCAGAGCUCGAUGUUCGAACUGACAAGUUUGAUCACCUGAUUGAUCACUAUUAUCAACAUUUGGUAAAAGAUUUACAGCAGCUGAACGCCGUUACUACUGUUCCAACGCUGCAGCAACUACACCAGGAUAUCACCGAUCAUGGAUUCCUGGCUUGCAUUCUAUCGAUGGAAAGCCUCGCAAUGAUGCUGGCCCUGCCGGAGCUCGAAUUGGAUAUGGAGCUUUUGGAGGCGGUGGCUCCGGAUGGAGUGGAGUACCGGAGAAAACUUUACAGUGGUCACAGUUUUGUACUCAUGAUGGAAAAGCUUGUCCCUUUUAUGUGGGAUAGAGGGCUUUUUAAAAUUCCGGAAUUAUGGAACCUACUAUCAUCGCAACAGCGGCUUAGUUAUCAGUCGCAUUGUACGCCUGAGUGUGUACGCGCGGGGCUUCAACCGCUUCAACCACGUUUUGCUAUGACGGAACAUUGCGAAAUUGAGCGAACCGCCAAAGCGUGGAGGGAUGCCGCCUUUUAUAUGGAUGUCGUUGGUGCGGAUUUAAAUCUUCCCGUGGAUGCGUUCCGAAUUUUGGAUGUUCGGAUUGCGAAUGCUACCUCAAAGACGGCCGGCUUUAUGUCGCUAAUGCAUCGGGUGACAGUCCGCGUCGAGUUCCGUGGCGAUGGGCAACAACAAGACUUAAGCUAUAUCGUGAAGGAGAAGUCAGACCAGGUUAUCGGACACGAAAUGGUGGACGGUAUGUUUGUUUUCCCUAAGGAGAUUGAAGUUUACAACACGUUUUUACCGGCUUUCGAGCGGUUGUGGAAAACCGAUGCAGUGAAACUCGGACCGAGAAUGUUUAAAACUGUGACCUCAUCCGAUGCUGUUCUUAUAUUGGAAGAUUUGAAGCCUUUGGGUUUCUGCAUGAAAGAUUGUAGCAAAGGAUUAAAUCUGAUGGACUGUGAGAGAGUACUGGAGAAAUUGGCAAAGUUCCAUGCGGCUUCCGUUGUAUACUAUGAGCAGAACGGUUCAUACUCAGAUCAGUUUAACGAUGGGAUAUUCUCUGAUAGAUUAGUUUCAAAAUUCGAAGAGUAUUACGCUCCAUUGUUUAACUCGUUUUUACAAUCGUUGGAAGAUCUCGGUUAUCCAGCAUAUAUACUAGACGCACUGCGUCCGUGGAAGGGAAAGGCAUAUUUGACGCUCAGUAGAUUAUAUCGGACGGACCACACGAAAUUCAAUGUUCUCAAUCAUGGCGAUGUUUGGAUCAACAAUCUUCAGUUCAGUGAAAAUGAAUUACUAUUGGUCGACUUUCAGGUUGCAUUCUACGGGUCGCCAUCGUUUGAUUUAAUCUAUUUCAUCAUAAACUCGGCAGAGCUCGAUGUUCGAACUGACAAGUUUGAUCACCUAAUCGAUCACUAUUAUCAACAUUUGGUAAACGAUUUACAGCAGCUGAAUGCAGUUGUUACUGUUCCAACGCUACAGGAGCUACACCGAGAUAUCACCGAUCAUGGAUUCCUGGCUUGUAUUCUGGCGAUGGAAAGCCUCCCGAUGAUGUUUACUCGGAUGGAAUUGGACAUGGAGCUUUUCGAUUCGGAGACUCCGGAUGGAGUGGAGUACCGGAGAAAACUUUACAGUGGUCACAGUUUUGUGCUAAUGAUGGAAAAGCUUGUCCCUUUCAUGUGGGAUAGAGGGUUUUUCAGAAUUCCGGAAUGAAACGCGGUGAACAUAUUAAACAUUUAUGAUGUAUUUAUUAAAAUAUAGAACGAAUUUA